UGGAGUUUGUAUCUGCAGGUUUAGCGCCACUCUGCUGGCUGAGGCUGCGGAGAGUGUGCGGCUCCAGGUGGGCUCACGCGGUCGUGAUGUCUCGGGAGUCGGAUGUUGAGGCUCAGCAGUCCCAUGGCAGCAGUGCCUGUUCACAGCCCCAUGGCAGUGUUACCCAGUCCCAAGGCUCCUCCUCACAAUCCCAGGGCAUAUCCAGCUCCUCUACCAGCACGAUGCCAAACUCCAGCCAGUCCUCUCACUCCAGCUCUGGGACACUGAGCUCCUUAGAGACAGUGUCCACUCAGGAACUCUAUUCUAUUCCUGAGGACCAAGAACCUGAGGACCAAGAACCUGAGGAGCCUGCCCCUGCCCCCUGGGCUCGAUUAUGGGCCCUUCAGGAUGGAUUUGCCAAUCUUGAGACAGAGUCUGGCCAUGUUACCCAAUCUGAUCUUGAACUCCUGCUGUCAUCUGAUCCUCCUGCCUCAGCCUCCCAGAGUGCUGGAAUAAGAGGUGUGAGGCACCAUCCCCGGCCAGUUUUCAGUCUAAAAUGUGUGAAUGACAACUACUGGUUUGGGAGGGACAAAAGCUGUGAAUAUUGCUUUGAUGAACCACUGCUGAAAAGAACAGAUAAAUACCGGACGUAUAGCAAGAAACACUUUCGGAUUUUCAGGGAAGUGGGUCCUAAAAACUCUUACAUUGCAUACAUAGAAGAUCACAGUGGCAAUGGAACCUUUGUAAAUACAGAGCUUGUAGGGAAAGGAAAACGCCGUCCUUUGAAUAACAAUUCUGAAAUUGCACUUUCACUAAGCAGAAAUAAAGUUUUUGUCUUUUUUGAUCUGACAGUAGAUGAUCAGUCAGUUUAUCCUAAGGCAUUAAGAGAUGAAUACAUCAUGUCAAAAACUCUUGGAAGUGGUGCCUGUGGAGAGGUAAAGCUGGCUUUCGAGAGGAAAACAUGUAAGAAAGUAGCCAUAAAGAUCAUCAGCAAAAGGAAGUUUGCUAUUGGUUCAGCAAGAGAGACAGACCCAGCUCUCAAUGUUGAAACAGAAAUAGAAAUUUUGAAAAAGCUAAAUCAUCCUUGCAUCAUCAAGAUUAAAAACUUUUUUGAUGCAGAAGAUUAUUAUAUUGUUUUGGAAUUGAUGGAAGGGGGAGAACUGUUUGACAAAGUGGUGGGGAAUAAACGCCUGAAAGAAGCUACCUGCAAGCUCUAUUUUUACCAGAUGCUCUUGGCUGUGCAGUACCUUCAUGAAAACGGUAUUAUACACCGUGACUUAAAGCCAGAGAAUGUUUUACUGUCAUCUCAAGAAGAGGACUGUCUUAUAAAGAUUACUGAUUUUGGGCACUCCAAGAUUUUGGGAGAGACCUCUCUCAUGAGAACCUUAUGUGGAACCCCCACCUACUUGGCUCCUGAAGUUCUUGUUUCUGUUGGGACUGCUGGGUAUAACCGUGCUGUGGACUGCUGGAGUUUAGGAGUUAUUCUUUUUAUCUGCCUUAGUGGAUAUCCACCUUUCUCUGAGCAUAGGACUCAAGUGUCACUGAAGGAUCAGAUCACCAGUGGAAAAUACAACUUCAUUCCUGAAGUCUGGGCAGAAGUCUCAGAGAAAGCUCUGGACCUUGUCAAGAAGUUGUUGGUAGUGGAUCCAAAGACACGUUUUACGACAGAAGAAGCCUUAAGACACCCGUGGCUUCAGGAUGAAGACAUGAAGAGAAAGUUUCAAGAUCUUCUGUCUGAGGAAAAUGAAUCCACAGCUCUAGUCCAGGUUCUAGCCCAGCCUGCUACUAGUCGAAAGCGGCCCCGUGAAGGGGAAGCCGAGGGUGCUGAGACCACAAAGCGCCCGGCUGUGUGUGCUGCUGUGUUGUGAACUCCGUGGUUUGAACAUGAAAGAAAUGCACCUUUUUUCACUCUGUCAUCUUUCUUUUCUUUGAGUCUGUUUUUUAUAGUUUGUAUUUUAAUUAUGGGAAUAAUUGCUUUUUGACAGUCACUGAUGUACAAUUAAAAACCUAAUGGAACUUGG